GUUUAUUUUCCUCAUAACCAAAAGAGCACGAUGGUGUUUACAACUGUUACUCAAACGGUUAAAUGUCAUUGCUCCCUUAAAACAGAACAAAAAUUAAGUUUAUAAUUUACUCUUGAUAUGCUUAUCAGAAAUUUCUUCCCUCUGCUAUUUAGUAUUUCUUUUAUGAAGCUGACUUGAGUCAUCUUCUACCUACAUGAAAGUGAUUUUAUAUGAAGAAAUCCCAGCUUAUUUAAUUUUUAAUGUUACUUCUAUGAAUAAAGAUGUCUAGUUGUCUCACCUCUGAGCAGAGGAAAAUUAUCGAUGAAAACCGUCAAAGAGCACUGCAAAAGCUUGCUGAAAAAAAAGCACAGUUGUCACCAAGGCCAACUCCAUCUCAUUCUGUAAAACCUCCUUCAAGUCCAUCAGUUACAUCAAGUAGAUCUGUUUCACAAAGUAAUUAUGUAUCGAAAACACAAACAAUUUAUAAAGAUGGCAGAAUGUUGCCACAAAAAACAAACUCUUUCGCAAACAGUUCUCAUCAUAAAACUUUUAAAAGCACACCAAAGAAAGUUAUUGAAGCUAAAUUUAUUUUAGAAUCUCCAUCAAGAUUUCUUGUUGAUGUGAUAUUUAAUCAGGGACUAAUAGAUUUAUUUAAGACAAUGGAGACAAAACAAUAUGAUGCUGUCACAAGGAAAUGGUCCUUCAGUUUGCAGGAAUAUCAUAAACUAGUGAAGCAAGCCAGAGUUUUAGAACCAGAAGUCAAAGUUGUACCACUGCCAAGUUUCAUUGUUCAGAUUUUUGCACACAAAAUGAAAACGCAGCAGCAACCAUCAUCAUCAUCAUCAUCACCUACCAAAUCAGCUAUUGAUUUGUCUAUAAUAGAUAAAUGCCUUCUGGAGAGUUUGAUGCCAUUCCAGUUGGAAGGGGUUAAAAUAAGUAUUGAACGAAGAGGCAGGAUUUUGUUGGCUGAUGAAAUGGGUCUUGGCAAAACACUUCAAGCCAUUUCAGUUGCCUGUUAUUACAGAAAUGAGUGGCCCCUCCUGAUUGUUGUUCCCUCUUCAGUACGAUUUGACUGGGCUCAGCAAAUUCGACGCUGGGUACCCAGCUUGGAUCCACAAGAGAUAAAUGUGGCCUUGAAAGGCAAAGAUAGUGGUGUAAGUGGAAUGGUUAAUAUUCUCAGCUAUGAUCUGAUGUCAAAGAAAUCAAAUGAAUUGUUAACCAAGAAGUUUAAAAUUGUAAUUAUGGAUGAAUCCCACUUCCUGAAGAAUUUCAAGAGUGCCAGAACAAAAGCAGCACUUCCAAUACUCCAGAAUGCUACCCGUGUGAUCCUUUUGACCGGGACACCUGCUUUGUCUCGUCCAUCAGAGCUUUUCACCCAAAUUGUUGGGGUACUUCAACCUAUUAAUUUCACUGAAUAUGGUUUGCGUUACUGUGAUGGCAAAAAGAAUGCCUGGGGUUGGGAUUUCAGUGGUUAUUCCAACAUGGCUGAACUACAGGUGUUUAUGGAAGAGAAGGUUAUGAUCAGACGGAUGAAGAAAGAUGUUCUCAGCCAGUUGCCAUCCAAAAGGAGACAAGCUGUCUUGUUGAAUCCCAAUGCCAUUAAGACUGAUGCCUCCAUGAAAAAAGUUUCUGCCUUGGUAGAGAAAUCAACAUCAGCUGAAAGGCGAAAUCUCUUGUUUCAAUAUUUUCAAGAAACAGCAUCAGCCAAGUGUUCCGCUGUUUGCGACUACAUCACAGACCGAGUGGAAGCUGGUCAAAAGUUCCUGGUAUUUGCACACCAUUGUGUGAUGAUGGAUGCCAUUGAAAAUCAUAUCAAAAAUAAGUGCAAAGUUGAAUACAUUCGCAUUGAUGGGAAAACAACUAGUCAACAGCGCAAGUUUUAUUGUGACCAAUUUCAAAAAUAUGAAGAUAUUCAGUUAGCAAUACUGUCCAUCUGUGCUGCAAAUGCUGGGUUAAAUUUAACUGCAGCAUCCUUGGUUAUCUUUGCUGAACUGUUCUGGAACCCAGGAAUUCUAGUCCAGGCUGAAGAUCGAGUACAUAGAAUUGGACAAAUGGAUUCAGUAAACAUUCAUUAUCUUGUUGCUACAGGAACUGCUGAUGAUUUUAUAUGGCCUCUUAUACAAAAUAAGCUGAAUAUUUUGGGUAAAGCUGGUCUUUCUAAAGAUGACUUUUCAGAAACAGACACUGUUCUAUUCCAAAAUCCCCGUCAAAAAACUAUUCUUCAAUGCUUUGAGGAGUCUUUCAUUGAAGAAUCAAACCAUGAUGACAACUCAAUAAAUGAUGACGAUAUAUUGGAUGACAAUGCUGCUGAAUCUGAUGGUAACUUGGUGUCUGUACAGGAAAAUGGGACAGAGAAAAAGCAAGGUAAAAAUGAAGAUUCCAAGCGUCACCAAACAGAGAUUACAUCACAUUUCAAAAUAACCACUCCUACUAAAAAAGACCAUGAGGAAGUUGAAGAUUUCAGCAAAGAAUUUGAUGAUGAUUUUGACUGGUUAACAGAUGACGUUGAUUGGAAUGAUAGCAGCCUUGAUGAUAGUGAACCUGUUGUGAAAAAAAUUAAAAAAGGACUGUGAUUCUGACAAUUAGGAUUGUUCUUGAAUAAAAUUCUUUAUCCCUGUUGAUAUUACCUAUAAAAUUACACCCCAAAGAUAUAUAAAACGUAUUUUAUAAUAACA